GAAAAAAAAAAAAAAACUUGAAGAAUUCAUUGCAACAAACAAACACAAAAAGAGCCAACGGUUUUUUACUUUUCGUUUCUGCUGCAAAUCCCAUUAAAAGGCAACAAAUCGAGAAGAAGAAGAAGAUAUAGUAGUGAUUAGCGCAUAAUUUGUAGAAAAAAAAAAAGACAUCAAACUUAUAAAUAAACUAUAAAAUAAUUUUAUUUAUUGAAUUUUUUUUUUUUUUUUUUUUGUAACUGAAUGUGUUUUGUGUGGUUGUUAUCAUAAAACAAAAGUAUUUGCAGACUUUAGUCCAACACAGAGAGAGAGGCGGUAAUCAUUGAUUCGUUAAAUAAUUAACGAAAAUAAAAUGGAUUCAUUAAAAUUGCAACAAAAAGCCGCCACAACACCGAAUUCUAUAAAUACUGCCUCUACUAGCAAUACUAAAAACUCGGCUAGUGGCAGUAACGUUCCGACAACUGUGCGAUUUAAUACUGGUGAUGAAAGCAUCGAUGAGUUUUUUCAAUCGUACCACAACAACAGCGCCAACAAUAACCCAACGAAUGUUGCUAGUGGUGUAGGCGGCGGCGGCGGCGGCGGUGGCGGUGGUCCAUCUUGUAUAUCAGGAACAAACAUCACCAGCGGUAAUACUGCAAUUGCAUCCGCUAUUGGUCAUGGCGGUGAAGUGCUAUCGACCAGCCCUUCCCAACAUCAGCAAAAUCCAAUCGUUAAUUCUGACGAAGUGAAUGCCCGUAACAAUUUUCUACAGGGAAAUUUCUUCAAUCGCAAAAGCGGAUUAGCGGGUAAACAGCUGUCGCCGAAUCAUCCAUGUGCCGGUUCGUAUGAAAGUGGUGGUGUUGGUGUAGGUGGGGGUGCUGCUAUGGGUGCGCAUAGUUCUUCAUCUCCCAUACCUAUGGGGGGUGGUAAUUCGCCUUAUAACGGCAGCAGCGGAGGUUUAUCGCCGAAUUCAAGCGCUGGCAUUUCACCUAAUAAAUAUCGACGCAGUAUACCCUUUCCAGUUAAGGGCGCAACAUCGCCCAUACCCGGUUAUACGUUAGAUAUAAAUGCUGCAAAAGCAGCCGGUGUGCCCACGUUAUCUAUAGGUAAUGGUGGUAACAGUGCUGGAGCUGCUGGGGGCGGUGAUGCGCCGUAUUUGGGGGCCGGUAGUUAUGUGGGUAAUGGAUUGGAUAUGCGUCCCUUAGAUCAUUGUUUGAACGAUAUAAUGCGUAAUAUGGGUGCUGUUGGUCCGGGUGGCGACAAUAAUGUUACCGCCGCCGCUAUGAUAGCAGAGCGUAUGCGCAAUCAAAAACUGAGCGAACAUCAUCUAAGUGAAGUGGAUGCAGUUGCUAUAGCGGCAGGAGGUAAUGGUGCUUAUUUAGAUCCCCAUAUUAAAUUAAAUUCGCCCUCUCGUUCAUCACCCCAUUCCCAAGGAGCUGAGCAUACGGCCCGCUAUUCGCGUAAAGUAUUCGUCGGAGGAUUACCACCAGAUAUUGAUGAAGAUGAGAUAACCAGUUCUUUUAGGCGUUUCGGACCUUUAGUGGUAGACUGGCCACAUAAGGCCGAAUCAAAAUCGUACUUCCCUCCCAAAGGUUAUGCUUUUUUGCUCUUCCAAGAUGAGAAUAGUGUACAAAAAUUAAUUGACUCGUGCAUAACGGAUGAAGACAAAUUAUAUUUGUGUGUCUCGUCGCCGACCAUUAAAGAUAAACCCGUACAGAUACGUCCGUGGCGUUUGGCAGAUGCGGAUUACGUUUUGGAUGCCACUAUGUCAUUAGAUCCAAGAAAAACUGUUUUUGUCGGAGGUGUGCCACGUCCCCUUAAAGCUUUUGAAUUGGCAAUGAUAAUGGAUCGUUUAUAUGGCGGUGUGUGCUAUGCCGGGAUUGACACCGAUCCAGAGCUUAAAUAUCCGAAAGGGGCUGGACGUGUGGCUUUCUCCAGUCAGCAAAGUUAUAUAGCAGCCAUAUCUGCGCGUUUUGUGCAGCUGCAACACGGCGACAUUGACAAACGUGUAGAGGUAAAACCCUACGUAUUGGACGAUCAAAUGUGUGAUGAAUGUGAAGGUCAAAGGUGCGGUGGGAAGUUUGCACCAUUCUUCUGCGCCAAUGUUACUUGCUUACAAUAUUAUUGUGAGCACUGUUGGACUGUAAUACAUUCACGUCCCGGACGUGAGUAUCAUAAACCACUAGUCAAGGAAGGCGCCGACCGUCCUCGGGCCGUGCCGUUUCGUUGGUGUUAACGGCGGCGUUGGUAGGUUGUUAAGACCGCGUAGAGAUCGUAACAUACAACAGCAACAGAAACAACAACAGCAACAACAGCAACAACAGCAACAACAGCAACAACAACAACAACAACAACUGUCACCAUAACACUUAAAAAUCUACGAUUUGCUAUUAACGCGCCUUUUCGUUCAUUUUACUCUUCUUACUUACAAUGAAAUUAAUAUAUUUUUUUUUUAAUCCCACAACAAACAGCAAAAUUUAAUAAUUAGUCAAAAUAUAGGCUUAGUGAUUGAACCGGAAAAAACCCCCUUUAGAAAAUAUUCAAAUAUCUUAACAACACAAAGGAAAAAAGAAAAACAUACAAAUUCACUUUCCACAAAUUCUUCAUUCAAUACUUGCUUGAAUUCAAUUUUGAAAAAUUGCUUCGAUAAGCAAUAUAUUUUCGUUUUUUGUAUUUUUUAUUUCUAUUAAUUUUUAUAGCAGCCCGGCCGCGGUUUUUUUCUUUGUAAUUCUUUAUUUAAGGUUUGUUAUUAACUAUAAUCAGUCGAUCUUUUUCUACUCAAUUCUUAACAUUUCCGCGAUUUCAAUUUUUCUAAUAACAUUCGACGAGGACAGACAGACUCUGUGCAGGUCUUUAAUAAUUUUUUUAUAAUAUUUUUUUUUUUUUUUUUUUAACAAAUGAUGCUUUCUCUUAAGGCAACAACAACUUGGCUUUAGCUUUAAAACGUAUAAUACCAAACUUACUUCUAAGGCAUCGCUUAGUCGACGAAAAUAUCCUCGCAUGCAUAUACAUACGAUAGUCAAAGAUUUUGUUUUAAAAACAGCAAUUUUACCAAAAAUAGUAAAAUGAAUUUUUUACAUCUGCUAUUUUGCUUGUAAUUAGUUUUAAGCAUUUUUCCUUUCUUAACAAAAUACCACCUAAUAAGAAUUUUCAUUUUAAUUUUUAAUAUUUUU